AUGAGUGCAGCUCGUAGUCGUGUUGUUCUCCUGUUCACGUACCCCGUUGCCAGAAGCGCCCCGUCCCUCAUAGCGCUGCGUAGCCCAAAGCGCCCCGUCACCUUCCCACCGCGUCCCCUCCCCAUCGCCCCCCCAUCGCGUUCCCAUCCCCGUCGCAUCUCCGUCGCGUCCCCUCCCCGUCCCUCCCCAUCACGUCUUCACCCCGUUGCGUCCCCUCCCCAUUGCCUCCUCGUCACGUCCCCUCCCCGUCGCCUCCCCGUCGCCUCUCCGUUGCAUUCCGUUGCCUCCCCAUCACGUCCCCUUCCCUUCACCUCCCCGUCAUGUCCCCUCCCCGUAGCCUCCCCAUCGUGUCCCCUCCCCGUUGCCUCCCCUUCCCCUCCCCGUCGUGUCCCCUCCCGUCGCCUCCCUGUCGCGUCCCCUCCCCGUUGCCACCCCUUCCCCUCCCCGUUGCCCCCCCAUUCCCCUCCCCGCCACGUACCCCUCUCCGUCGCGUCCCUCCCUGUCGCCACCCCUUCCCCUCCUCAUCGCCUCUCCUUCCCCUCCCCAUCGUGCACCCCUCCCCGUUGCCUCCCUGUCUCGUCCUCUCCCCAUCCCCUCCCCAUCGCCUUCCCGUCGCGCCCCCCACCCCCCCCCAACCUUCUACCAGCCGCCCCACUUGCUACCACCAGCCCCACCUGCUACCAGCCGCCCCACUUGCUACCAGCCUCCCCAUCCCCACUCUACCACCUUCCUGUCGCCUCCCCGUCCCCUCCAUGUCCCCUCCCCAUCCCAGCCUACUACCAGCCCCCUUGA